GCGCACAUGUUCGCCACGUCAAUAAGAACAGCAACAACAAAAACAACAACAACUAUUAACAACUACAACAGACAACAACAAGAAGCAGAAGGAGAGCCUCUGCAAGGCAAAUACAGUUAGAAAUUGGCCAAAGCAAACGGCAAAGACAAAAGCCAUUUGAAUACAGUGAAGCACCGUUAAAAACACCAAGUGCAUGCGUGCAUGUGUUUAUAUACAUAUACGGCUGGAAGGCGUGCGCGCUUAGCAAGGCCCAGGCCCGGAGGGCUGCAGGUGUUGCCCGACCUACAGCAGCUUUGUGGGUUUUGCGGCUCCGUGAAGCAGUGGACCAGUAGCUGCUGAUAGCACAAAGACAACAACUGGACUGUCACCAGCAGACGCAGCACAAGAUGAGGAGCAUCGGCAGAUGGUUAUGUGGAAUUAUGCCCCAGCCUGGUUGCUGGCUGCUAAUGCUGCUAAUUGUUGGCCAGACUGUUUAUGCCGACCCAAGCGAAUCAACACACUUGGCCCCACUGACAAUAAAGGCACGCGAUCGAGACCACCAAGCUAAGGUGAACACCACCGCCAACAGCACAGCAUUUGCCACGCCCAUAAGCCAAUUGGACGAUGAGGAGCAGGCGUUGACCAUUUCCCGGACGCCGCGGGCGGGACGUUACGAGCGCCAGGUAGAAGAGGAUCAGGUGGACCGUUGCAGGCUAUUCGUUGAGGGAGAUCCCACCAAGAACGAGCUUUACAGCCCCGAAUAUCCUAACCUAUAUCCAAAGAACAUUAACUGUACGAGAGUGAUAACAGCGCCGAAGGGACAAAUCAUACGGCUGGACUUUCGCAACUCGUUUAAUAUUGAGGCCAAGGAGGAGUGCAAAUUUGAUUUUCUCGAAAUACGCGAUGGACAAUACGGUUUCUCGACGCUAAUUGGCAAAUUCUGUGGCACAGAUUUCCCACCGGAAAUAACCUCGAAGGAGCGGUAUCUGUGGCUGCAUUUCCAUUCAGACGACACCAUCGAAUAUACAGGUUUCAGUGCCGUCUACGAGUACCUGGAUCGAAAUCGAGAGGCGCCCAGCACGGACCUCAAUUGCACUAUUGAGAAGGAUGGCUACGAGGGCUUUAUCAACUCAACAGAUGUCCCAGCUGACAUUAGGGAACAGGUGAUACGCGAUAAGAUUGCUCUCGACUGCAUUUGGCGCAUACAGGUGAAAGACAACUGGAAGAUAUUUUUGAAAUUUUUGGACUUUCAUCUGAGCAAGCCGAAUGACUGCGAGACCAACUUUCUGGAUAUAUUCCCAGAACAAACAGUAAUGCCAUUAAGAGUGAAAAACUUUUGCGGUUCGGCGGGCGAGAGCAUUACGGCGGAGUCGAACAUUCUGCACAUGCGAUUUUACGCGGAACAAAGUGCGAUUAAUUCAACAUUCGCAAUUCUGUACACAGCAUUCCGGGACCGUGGAACGGGAACCUGCACCGACGACGAGUACGAUUGCGAGGACGCGACCUGCAUAUCAAGCGAUUUAAAGUGUAAUGAGCGGGACAAUUGUAAAUUUCGCUGGGACGAGGAGAAGUGUUCGAGUGAAACGACUGGCCAAUCCGAGCAUGUGGUCAUCAUCAUCAUCGUAUUUGGCCUUAUACUUGGCGGCAUGGUCAUCACCUUUAUCGUCAAUUGCAUACGCAAGAUCAUACGGGAUCAGAAGAUAAUACGCGAGCACAUACGCGAGUCCAAGGAGAGCAAACUGGACGAGGUGGGUCGCAAUUCCAAGGCGCGCUCGCGCGAAAACAUAUCAAGACAAAAGCAUUCGCAGACGUCAUUACAAAUUCUCGAUGACGUUUCGAAUCGUUACUAUCGCGAGGCGGUGCCCAUAUCUACACAGUCGAGCAAGGCUGACUUUAAAGAGAAGGAGCAUAGCAUAUUACGUCGCCAUCCAGAUAUGACCCAAACGAGCCUAUGCGGUGGCAUCGAUGGCGACGAUGGCGAGUCCUCAUCGACGACCACGGGAACGCAUGACAUGAUGAUGACAAAGGCAGCUAUUGCGACCGCACCGGUUAAUGCCUGCGAUAUGGGCUGUCAAACGAGGGAAUCGCUGUUUGCGAACAGCCCCAGUGCCGUUGCGACGCUAAUGAGACAAAAGUCCAGCUCAUCAUCGCUGGGUGGUGGCAGCGCAGCGGGCGCUGCCAUGCCGCCGCCGCCGCCGCGGUUCUUCUCCACAUUCGGCUAUGAGCAGGGCACGGCACCGGGCCUGGUAGCCGUGUCGCCGUCGCUGCCAGCGACCACACCACCGCCACCGGCACAGAUGCUGGGCACACUGGCGCGUCGUAGCCAAAUGCAUAUGCAACACGCACCGUCGCAGCACGAGUCGCUCGAGCUGGAGGAGCGGCACAGCGGCGUGGGCAGCAUGGGCCAGCGGUCGCAUUAUGGCGUGAUAGUGGCCUCCGUAGUCAAGCCGCAGGAGAUCUGCCACCAUCAUCAUCAGCACCAGCAGCACCACCAGCAGCAGCAGCAGCAGUUGCAACAGCAGCAACAGCGCUCACAUCAUGCACAUCCUGUGCACCAACAUCAGCAGCACCAGCAGCAGCAGCAGCAGCAGCAGCAUAUACUGCAACAGCACCAGCCACCGAACGUUGCAACGCGACAAAUGCAGCUGCAGAAGGGCCACGGCCAGUUACACGGCCAGACGGUGUUGCCCAGCAGUAAAGCGGGCGGAGGAGGUGCUGCCGGCAAACAGCAGAAAAACGAAGAGUCCAAAGUGUUCAUCGACAUACGGAAUUCAGCGCCAGACGUGAUUAUCAUGACGUCCCAUUGACAUUUAAGGAUUGCCCGCCAAUCAGCAACAGCAGCAGCAGCAACAACAAUUGUGACCAGCAGCAACAACAAGAGCAACAACAGCGUGGACAAAAACAACGGAACAAUGGCUGGCAUAUUAACCACAGCCACAGCGGCGCCGUUGACACGACACGGACAUGCACACGGAUACGGACUCGGACACGGACACCAACAUGGACGCGGACAUGGACACGGCGUGGCGCAAUCAGGCAAACGAAUAGCAAACGCCACGUUUCCGGCCGGAAGCGAGUGUCGCAUUCAGAUGCAUUUUUGGCUUUAAAGCCAGGUAAUUUUAAUUCUUUCGGCUUGUUUUUCACCCACUUUCGGCUCUCAACAUUGUCUCAAAUUGCGCCGGCAGUUGGGCGUUCGGCCUCUUUGCUGUUUGCCAACCAAAUCGCCAGCAAGUUUCUCGCCGAAAACAAUGAGAGGACAGGCAGACACAGACACACAUUCACACUCACACACACACAGACAGAGAGCACUUACAAGACAUGUAUAUGUAUAUAAAUAGUCGCUGCUGUCCAGAGCCGUGUUUAGCUCGCAUACGUGCAGACACUAAGCAGACGCUUGACAACGUGGCGUAUGAACAACAUGUGCCAGGACGACGACGACGACGACAACAACGAGAACAGCCACAGCGACAACUCGAAUGUGCACACAAACGUUGACCACCAAGUGGACAUUGUCAGCUGCAUUCUGCUGCCUCGACAUAUCCAACCACCUCCUCUCUCCUCGCCCUGCUCCAGCCAGGCUCCUGUUGCUUAACUUGCGGCUUUCAGAAACUUCUUCAUUUACAUGCAUGACGAACGUGACACGGCGAUGUUGCCGUCGCAACGCAAUUCCCGGGUAACAGGCUCGGGUCCAGGGACAUCGUGGGUCAGCAGACAGAGUCCAUCCAUCACGUGCACGUGCAGCACGCUAGCCCUCUACCUCUCUCCAGACCUUCCCUUUGCCCACUCACUGCCGCAAUUUGCGUGAAAACAGUUUUUAAGUGAUUUUUUGUGCAUUUCCCCUCUCAGCUCAUCCUUCUGAGAGUUGUUGCUAGAGCGAUGUUUUAAUCAUUUAAUUAAAUUGUUUUUAAUAAAGCCACCCACUACUACCCCCAACCCCGCACCCAGCAGAACGAGGACAACUGCUAAUUGGACAGACUCACAUAUUUCAACGUCAAUUUGAUUAUCGGACACGCGUUCUGAAUUCAUGAAUUUGAUGCACGAUGUCAUCUCUGACAUCGCCCCAACCAAGCUCAUUCAAGCGUUCAAGUGUAGCUUAUUUCUGUUUUUUUACGCUUUUCACUCCCCAUCAGGUUGGGGAAAACUGUCAACUCACAAUUAGCACUGUCACCAUAUUGCGUUGGCGGUCAACGUUUGUCACAGUGCGUCAAUUGAAGCCGAAAAAUUCCCAUCUGACGUGUUCCAGCAUUCACUUUCGACGAGCAUUUUUUGUAUCUUUCAUGUCAUAUAAUUUUCAAUUAUCUUAGCUCUUUUUAACAUUAUUGAAACUCUCAUAUAGAGAAAUGAGCAUCGAUAUCUAAACGAUUUAGUUAUUUAAACUGAAAGAAUACAUGACGGAAAAAACAAACCGAAAUAGUUUUGUACAAUUUCUUAAAACAAUACUAUAUUUAAGAAUGUU